UACACGAGUUUGCUGAAAUCGAAGGAUUGAAUUUUCAGAAGUGGCUAAUGAGAACAUUAGCGAAACUUGGAUGUGGUGGAACUGGACAGUGCCUGAUGCGUCGGGCGACGACGUCGAUGUGAACGCCAACGGUAGUGACAUCUUUAUGAAUAUCAGUGGCCGUAACGAGACGUCGCUCUCAUCGCCUGAUGUUCGCAUCGACUGGGACGAUUGGGAUGGCGGAUUGUGGACACCCGCUCAGAGGAAUAUACUCGAGGGAGGCGUCAUACCACGUCACGUUCACAUAAGUUUAGGCGUCCUGCUCGCCUUUAUCGUCCUGUUUGGCGUUAUAGCCAACUCGGCUAUCCUCUACGUCUUUUCGAGGUUCAAACGAUUGAGGACACCGGCUAACGUGUUCAUCAUCAACCUGACAAUCUGCGAUUUCUUCGCUUGCUGCCUACUUGGCCGUCUAUUCAGCCUUCCAGGGCCGCUGGUCUUUCGGCCAAACAGGUAAACCAUUUAAGAAAAUGAUAUGGACCAUGAUAUUCAUCGUUUGAAAACGUGCCAUGAAAAUGUCAAACCGAAAACAAAAGUUCAGUAGCGAAAAUUCGAAAAUAUACUCAAACCUUAUAUGCAAAGUACAAAGUACCAAAGACGUGUGAUUAAGUAUCCAGGAUUCCACUGAGUUGGUCAUUGGCUCGUAAUUUUUGGCUCUCUGGCUUAACAUCUUUUUACAAUCUUUCCAAUGACACUUCGUUUGCAUCAAGACAUCCUAUGUUCCUUGUUCCAAGAAGCAGGAAAAUAUUUCUGAUACAAGAGUCAUCUAAAGAAAGUCCACAGCUGUAAAUUUCCUUAAGGGAAGAGUAUUUU